CCGCAGUCCCGCCGCGAUGUUCGGGGCGCAGCAGCAGCCGCAGCCGCCCGCGCUGCCCCCGCACCUCCAGCAGCAGCACUACUACCGCCGGCAGCAGCACUACAGCACCCUGCCCGUCCGCCGGCCCUGCCCCGAGCCGCCGCCCUGCCCCGAGCCCCCGCCGUGCCCGGAGCCGGCGCGGCCGCUGCCCUGCCUGGACCCCGCUCCGCACCAGCAGCAGGACGGCGCCGUGGCCUACGACCGGGUGCGCACCUACGGGCCGGGCUGCCGCCGGGUCAGCACCUCCUGCUCCUCCCGGGCCGCCUCGCCGCUGGACUGCGGGCACGGCUGCGACCCGCCACAGGGCACCAUCCGCAGGAUCAUUAUCGAGAACCCGGAUCAGGAGCCAUUAUCCCCUUUUCUUAGAGGGGCAAGUUUCUCUCCUGGAAAUAAUGUCAUCUAUGAAAAAACAAUAAGAAAAUAUGAGCUAUUAAAUCCCCUCCAAGAGCGGCAGUUCCAGGUGUGCCCGCCGGAGCCGUGCCAGCAGUGCCCGCCGCUCCCGGUCACGCAGCAGUGCCAGCAGACACAGACGGGCAGUCCCUGCGAGCUGUGCCCGGGCCCGGGGACCGACGAGUGCCGGGGACACCCCGUGAGGAGGGGCACGGCGCCCCCCGAGCUGGUGAGCUGCCCCCAGGACAGCCCCGAGCAGCUGGACUGUCGCUUCUUUGGGGAGCUGCUGGCCGAGCUGCACCGCAAGAGCAAUGACCUGUACAGCUGCCUGCUGCAGCACGUGGAGAAGAUUGGGACAAGGAACCACGACAUUGAAUUCACGUGCCAGACUGAAGAUAUUGAAGAAUUAAUUCCCAAAGGACUGUCUGAGGCAACAAAGCAGCAGAUUCGUUAUCUCCUGCAGAUGAGAGCGACAUCGGACAAAUCCCUGAGACUGGUGCUGUCCACCUUCAAGAACCUGCGGGAGGAGCUCUGCCAUUUGCAGGAUGACCUGGGGAAACUGGAAACUGACAAUGUCUUGCUGAAGAAGGAUUUGGCUUUUAAGGAUUCCCAAGUGAAAGAGUAUGAAACAAUGCUGGCUUCUCUGAGGGAGAACAAUCGCCAGCAGCAGCAAGGGCUCAGGGACAGCACUGCCAGAUGCCGCUCCCUGGAGGAACAGCUCCUGUCCCUGCGGCUCAGCGAGGGCAACAAGGACUGCCAGCUGAAGGAGCUGGAGUACAGCAAGAGGGCCCUGGAGCAGGAGAUCCAGAGCCUCAAGCUGCAGAGCUGCUCCAGCCCGACCCUGCAGACCACGACAGAUGAGCUCUCCAGCCGCUACGUGGAGAUGAUCAACAGCCUGAGGGAGGACAAGGACAGGGAGAUCCGCAGCCUCAGGUCCCAGCUGUGCCAGUUCCAGCAGGACAUAACCAGGAGAGACGGGAGCAACAGCGACUUGCAAAUGAGGCUGCAUGAACUGACAUCACUGCUGGAGGACAAAGAGGCUUUUAUUAAACAACAGCAAGAGGAACUCUUCAGACUGAAGCAAGAGAAGUUAUCAGGCAGUCAGUCCCCUGGGGUGACAGCCAUCAUCACUAAAAAGUACAGGAAUCAGUAUCCUAUUCUGGGUCUGCUGUCUGAUGACUACAAGGUCACGUCACCUGUCAAUAAAUCACAAACCAUUGUCAUUGAGAGGACUGGAGAGAUCUGGAAACACGAAUGAGAGAUACCUCUGAGCCCUCAGAGCUGCUCCAAGUUCACAAACCACUAAAACUGCUUUACUUUCUGCUCUUCUGCAUCCAAGAAAAGGUUCAGUCUGAUAGUGAGGAAGGCUGGGAAAACAUUAAGGACUCACUUUUCCCUUGGAAGAGUGGGAUGCUAUCCCUCUGUGAACUUCAGCUGUUCUUGACUAACUCCUGUUCUUCAGCCAGUCCUGAGGAAAUCUAGGAGACAAAAAGAAGACACCUGAAACCUUUUCCUCUUCAUCCCUGUAGCCAUGUUCUGUCUCUUCAUGCUGAGAGUGGGAAUGACCCUGAUGUCAGUCCCACCCCUCCCACAGCUGCUUUCAGUGCAGAGUCACGAGCUGCCAUGGGAACUUCAAAAAUACCUCACUGGAAACUGCUCCUUACCUUGCACCUGCCUCUGUCUGGGAAGCUCGGACACCAAGGACAAAACUUACAUCAAACCCAGCUUCUGACCUGGCAAAUGCCAGCAGGACCCAGUUCACUGAAGGGCUGGGCCAAGGCUCAUUUUAGAGAAUGCUUCUGACCUCAGAGUUUGUGUAUUUUCAGCCCCAAACCAGCUGUAUUUAUUUGCUGUGCUUUAAAUUUUCAAGAACUUGGUAUAUUUUUAUAUAGAAGAAUUUUGUGUGAAAAUAAGUCAUGGACUAAUUUUCUUAUCAGAGCAACCUGCCAUUUACAAUUUCCACUCCUUGAAGGACCACAGAAAUUCUUUCAAACUGAUUUGGUGUUCAUGAUUCAGUAGUUGUCUGAGCAACACAGCACAGAGACUCACAGGGAAAGUUUGCAACGCUGCAAUCCAAAGGUGCUCUUUUAUGGUGGGGUUCUUGCUUUGCUUUCCUGCUGCAGCCAUGUAUUUCUGGUCCCAGAUAGACCCUGGGCAAUGUUUAAUGGGGAAAGAAUGCUGGAGGCUACCUGUAACCAUGAAAUAAACCCAAGUCUAACUCUCUGGA